UUACGUACCUAUGUAAAAACUACGUCACCAGCAGUUCGUCGGAUGAAAACAUUGUUAUGGAGCGAUGUGGAACACAAUCUAUAACCGAGAACGAAGGAGAUUAAGCGAUGCGCUUUCAGGGAGAAAUCAGGACGGGUAUCGAUCAACAUAUGUUGAACAAUACUCACACGUGACGAUGUGAACGGCUCUGCAUUGUCGAUGGGGAUGCACGAAAAGGGGCCUCCGCAAUCGAGUGUCAGGUGAGGGAAGACGAUGAAGAGACUGAUGGCUAAUGCAGGACCAGUACAAACUACCCGUUUUAGUGGCAGGUUAUAAAGAGGCAAAAUGGCCGUUUUCCUGAGCCUGCUUUAUGAUGUCGCUUUAUGUCAACAUUAAAAUCUUUCUGGAUAUAUCUUCUAGUAGCCUAAACUAACUGGCUGCGCAGUCUGAUUUGUUUUUCAUCAUCGGACGGGUAAAAGCAAAUUCGCUGUUUGAAAGAUGUCAUUUACAAUGGAAGACACUUUGGAGUCGGGGUGGGUGGCCGUCAGACCUAAUGUUUUUGAUGAAAAAGAAAAGCACAAGUUCGUUUUCAUUGUCGCUUGGAAUGACGUGGAAGGGAAGUUUGCCAUCACAUGCCACAACAGAACGGUACAGCGAAGGAGCAUUGCCAGAGAAUCAUUCGUGGAGGGUACGGCCGUUCUCAAGCAGGAUGAUUCGCUCCCGCCAGGGAGAGACAAGGAGAGUAAACCCAAAACUUCUGAAAGUCCUGUCAAGGGAAAGAUUGAAAGUGACAGCCCAACAAAGAAAAUAGGAGGUCCAAUUAAGGCAGAACACUGCACAAACCUUUCAGUGCGCAGAAAAGAUUCAGGACAUUCGAGUCCAGGCAAAGGUGUCAACAAAGAAGCUGGAUUGCAGGGCAGAGGGCCAACUAGAGCAAUGGACAUUGAAGUCUUGGACCCCACUGUAAUCAAAGGGGAGAACCGCUCUCCUGAAGUUGAAUUCGCUGAUUCGGAAGACAUGGAGAGCGGUGUCAGAGAGCAUUGCAGCUGGGCUGGGCUCUUUUCUUUUCAGGACAUGCGGGCUGUCCAUCUGCUGCUGUGCUCGGUCAACUCGGACCUGGAGCCAUGUUUACCCCCCUUCCCUGAAGAACCGUUGGGAAUGUGGACGGUGUUGUUUGGACCUCCGGAGGUCACUGAGAAAGAGACUGACAUCCUGUGUUACCAGCUGCAGGUUUACCUGGGCCACGCACUUGACACUUGCGGGUGGAAGAUUCUAUCCCAAGUGCUUUUCACGGAGAGCGAUGACCCCGAGGAGUACUAUGAGAGUUUGAGUGAACUGCGACAAAAGGGGUACGAGGAGGUGUUACAAAGGGCCAAGAAACGACUUCAUGAGCUCCUGGAGAAGCACAAGGCGGUGGAGAGCAUGGUGGAGCUGCUGGAGCUGUACCAGGAGGAGGACGAGGCGUACGGGGAGCUGGCCGAGGCCACCACCCAGCUGUACCAGUACCUGCUGCAGCCCUUCAGGGACAUGAGGGAGCUGGCCAUGCUGCGCCGGCAGCAGAUCAAGAUCUCCAUGGAAACCGAUUACCUGGGCCCGCGCAGGAUCGAGGCCCUGCAGAGGGAGGACGCGGACUGGCAGAGGAAGGCCCAGGCGGCGGUGCUCAACAUCCAGGAACUCACCGUCAAGUACUUUGAGAUCACGGCGCGGGCUCAGAAAGUGGUCUACGAGCGCAUGCGCGCGGACCAGAAGAAGUUCGGCAAGGCGGCGUGGGCGGCGGCCGUGGAGCGCAUGGAGAAGCUGCAGUACUCCGUAUCCAAGGAGACGCUGCAGCUGAUGCGAGCCAAAGAGAUCUGCCUGGAGCAGAGGAAGCACGCGCUGCGGGAAGAGAUGCAGGGCCUGCAGGUCGGUGAGGAUGCAAUGGCGCGGCUGGACCAGCUGGAGGAGCUGUACUACGAGCUGCAGCUGCAGCUGUACGAGAUCCAGUUUGAGAUCCUGAAGUACGAGGAGCUGCUGCUGACGGCGCAGCUGGAGAGCAUCAAGAGGCAGGUGACAGAGAGGCAGGAUGAGGUGGUGUACUACGACACCUACGAGAGCAUGGACGCCAUGCAGGCCACCGCGGACGCGGCCGCCUCCGUGCUCCUGCGGCAGGAGGAGCUCAGCAAGCUGCAGCAGAGGGUGCGACAGCUGGAGGCCAGGAGGGGGCGCAUCACCGCGAAGAAAGCCUACCUCAGAAACAAGAAGGAAAUAUGUAUCUUCAAUCACAAUGAGAAGGUGCAGCAACGCCAAGGCAGCCAAGAGGACCACAAAUCCCAUCAUGCCAUGCAACAGCAAAGGGAGCAGCAGGAAGAGGAGAAGAGGAGCACUCUGGUCAGCCAGGAGAGGCAAAAGACCCUGGACAGGCUGCGCAGCUUCAAACAGCGGUACCCUGGUCAGGUAGUGCUGAAGUCCACCAGGCUCCGGUUGGGAUACGCCCGAAGGAAAGGUGGCAGCGCCUCUGCCCCCGGCGUGGCCCUGGACCAGCCGUGGUCGCUGGAGGCGGGCACGCUGGCGGAGGAGUGCGGGGCGGCCCCUGCGUUACCGGAACGUUCUGCGGAUGGAAAACUCGAAAGCGCGUCCUUGCCUCCGGGGGGCGCCGCUGCUGCUCCUCCUCCUGCCUCCCUACCUCCAGAGAGAGACCUCUCAGCGCUCAGCCUUCCCGCGAUGCCCUCGCCUCCGCCCCCGCCUCCUCCGCCUCCCCCGCCUCCGCCCCCCCCGUCCGGCCCGGAGGACGCCCCCGGGGAGGGGCCGAGGCUUCCAGGGAGCCCCGUCCGGCAGCUGAAGGUGGAGGGGGGCGAGGCGGGGGGCGAGGCCAUCCCCCUGGGCCCCUUCUCCGGCCGCUUCUUCGACAGCAGCCAGCUGGUGAACGCCCGGAAGAAGCUGAAGAAGACCGCGGCCCUGGAGGCCUCGCAGAGGAGGAGGGCGAGCUCCCCGAUGGACGAGGUGCUGGCCUCGCUCAAGCGGGGCAGCUUCCACCUGCGCAAGGCCGAGCUGCGGGUGCUGCGGCCCGACCCGGACCAGGACGACAGCGACAACAUCCUGGCGCAGAUCCGCAAGGGCGUCAAGCUGCGGAAGGUGCAGCAGCAGGGGCUGCGCGACGCAACCGGCGGCCCGCGCGACUCGGCCGACCCGCUCACCCGCAGCAUCCACGAGGCGCUGCGCCGCAUCAAGGAGGCGUCGCCAGAGUCCGAGGACGAGGAGGACGCGCUGCCCUGCGCCGACUGGGAGAGCUAGGCCCCGCCCCCUCCCGCCCUCAGCCCCGCCCACUCCCCCCCUCAGCCCCGCCCCCCACCGAAGGAAAAAAAAACAACACUGACAACAAAGACGAAGCCCGCGCCGCUGUGCUCGCUGUGCGUUCCGCCUGUCUGAUGUUCUGCCUUCGAGGAGAAGCCUCCUCAGACGCUCUGACCCUUCCAGUCCCGCGGGUCAGAGUGAAGCUGGUCCAGCGCGUCACCGUCCCGCGGCUCCGGGCCCGGGGGUGAGGCGCCCCAAUGAAGGCCACAGCCUGGCUGAGGGGCGCUGAACCACAGGGCGGUAGUGAGUGGUCCCCAUGCACCCCCCCCUCCCCCUCUGCCUGCCAGACCACCACCCCACUCCCCAUUCCCAUCCCCCCCGCCCCCCCCAGAACACCGCUGAGGUCUCUCUUUUCAUUCCGUUCCCAUCCGUCCUGGUUUUUGUGGGGUCCAGAGUUAUACGGCCGGGUGUCAGUGCAGAUUGUGUAACGGUUGGGGUAGAGCCGGGGCUGUAUUCGCUCACUGCUAUGAUGCUUUACAAACUUAAAGCAGAAAUAAAGCCAAGAAAUAGAGUGCAUCUCCUCUCCAAUUGCAGAUGAUAAAAUACAACAGCAAUGUGAUGUCUUUUUAACUUUGGGCCUGAGUCAUGCUACGGUCAUGGUCAUGGUAAAUGGUAAAUACUGAGUGAUCAGAUCCUUUCAUUUUAAUCUGUGUAAUGACAGGUUGCUCAUACAUACAUAUAUAUGUAUGUAUGUGUAUGUUAUAUAUAUAUAUAUAUAUAUAUAUAUAUAUAUAUAUAUAUAUAUAUAUAUACAUACACAUAUGUAUAAUAUUUGAGACAAAUGCAUUUUUUCUUGAUUUGGCUCUGUACUCCAUAAUUUUAUAUCUGUAAUCAAACAAUUCACAUGUGGUUAAAGUACACAUUCUCAGCUUUUUAUUUAAGGGUGUUUUUUAUACAUUCUGGUUUCACCUUGUAGAAAUUACAGCACUUUUUAUACAUAGUCCCCCCAUUUCAGGGAACCAUAAUGUUUGGGACAUAUUAAUGUUAUGUAAAUAAAAGUAGUCAUGUUUAGAACUGUGUCGCAUAUCCUUAGCAUGCAAUGGCUUGAAGUCUGUGGCCCAUAGACAUCACCAGGUGCUGAGUAUCUUCCCUGGUGACGCACUGUCAGGCCUGUACUGCAGCCAUCUUCAGCUCCUGCUUGUUUUGGGGGCUAGUUGCCUUAAGUUUUCUCUUCAGCAUUAUGAAAUGCAUGUUCAGUUGGAUUCCGAUCAGGUGAAUGAAUUUUACAGUUUUUGGCUUUGGAAAACUCCCGUUAUUGCUUUAGCAGUAUGUUUAGGAUAAUUGUCCUGCUGUGGGAUGAAGCACCAUCCAAUGAGUUUGGAGGCAUUCGCUUGAACUUGAGGAAAUAAUAUUCUUCUGUACACUUCAGCAGUUGCAUUAUCUCUGAAGACAAGUGAGCCAGUACCUGUGGCAGCCAUACAUGGUCAAACCAUAACACCCCCACCACCAUGUUUCGCAGAUGAAAGGGGGGUGCUUUGCAUCUUGUGCAGUUCCUUUUGGCCAUCAUACUUUGCUCUUGCCAUCCCUCUGUUACAAGUAAAUCUUGGCCUUUUUCCAGAGCUCUACAGGCUCUUUUAGGUAUUUCUUGGCAGUCUGUAACAUGGCCCUCCUUUUGUUGCAGCUAACUAGUGGUUUGCAUCUUGUAGUGUAGCCUCUGUAGUUCUAUUUUUGAAGUCAUCUGCAGACAGUAGUCACUGACACAUCCACGUCUGCUUCCUGAAGAUUGCUUCUGGUCUGUCAGACAGGUGUUUGGGGGUUUUUCUUCAUGGUGAGAAUUCUUCGGUCAUCCUUGGCCUCCCAGGCCCUUUGCGAUUACUCAGCUCACCAGUGCUCUCUGUCUUCAUAAUGAUGUUCCAAACAGUUGAUUUUGGUAAUUUGCCAAUUGCUAUACCCAAAGCAUCCCAGGUGCUCCUGGGACACCAAGCUUGGACUGAUGGAGUAGUUUUUAUUAAAGGAACCUCCGGUUUCAAGGCCCUUCCAGAAAGAUUCAGUCUUGCUAACUGUAGUUUCCUUGCUUCACAGAUUUACAGCUAUUUUCAUCAAUUUCAGGUGCAGUGCCACCUACUGACUAAAACACGAAUAGGAUUUUGCAACAUUUCAUUUCUCAGAUAUGAGUUCUAUGUGUUUUUUGUUUCUUGCAGCAAACACCUGUGUGACAAAGGCAUGCGUUUGCUGACAGUGAACUGCAUGGGCCUGCAAGUUUUAGAUCUCACGUUUCCUGCUAAAUAACAUCUGUCUGCAGUCAUUGAUUGUAUUCCUGCUGUGGAACCUACUGCCUGUAGUAGUAUUUGUCAUGGCUUUGAUCUCUUCUGGGUAAGUGUCUUUUUGUGAGUAAUAAUUCCCAACCCUCCCCUCUGCAUUUGACUGUUAUAUUGACUGAUCUGUUGACAAACCGGUUCUAUGAAAGAUGUGAUACAUUUAUGUCUGUUAGUAAUAGCACACACAUUUCACUCUCUCCGGAGUAUAUUUAGAAGAUUCAGCCUUGCUCGUGUUAGAUAUCAUAUCAUGUCUGGACCGUGCUGUUAGGCAGUCUCCACACAGUGUCAGAAUGGGACAGCAAUCAAGCUUUUACUGAAAGUUAUAUUAGGCCCAGUUUUUACUUGUUACUAAUCCAGCACAAGAUCGUGUCAUUCGUUUUCCUAUUGUGUGGGACGGGGUGGGAGAGAGGGCCAUCUGUGAUUGGAUAGCACUGCAUUCUUACCUUUUAGUCAUCCACGCUGAAUGCCAGCCUAGGGAGCAAGCAUUAGGACCAGUGUGAACUUCAUUUGCUUUUGCCAUUACACUAGAUGGAUGCGUUUAGUGACGUGUUCUGUGAAAAUUAUUCUUAGGCGUGAGAGUUGACGGGAGUGAAUGUCACCCUGUGAUACAGGACGUUCACUACUUCUUGUGGACUCGCUCACUCUUGGAAUCUGUAUCAUAACAGGGGAGGACACUUGAAAAUGGGCAGCUCUGGGCAAACAUACUGCAUGUCGAUCUCGUAUACACAACAGAGAUAGUUGUUUGAAAAUCACCCAAGGAUCAGAUAUGUUUAGACGUCAGGCAUGCUCAUGUUUAUCCCCAUUCCAUAAAGAGAAAUCUCUUCCACCAGCAUUAUUCCUGUGAGUUGAAUUCAGAGUCAUUGCUGUUUCUUUUCCGUACGUUGAUUGUUUUGCCAGGUAAAUAUUGCUUUUGGACCGGUUAAUAUGAAGUCAGACUGUUGCACUGAAUUUAAGAAGUGUGAUGAAGUAGAUGUCCAUAUAUCAAUAAUUUGAUUUUUUGAACUGCUAUUUAAAAAAAAAAAAGAAAAAUCUUUGGCCAUUUGAAAAGUACGUUUUGUUUGUUUGUUUUAUGCCAUGUAUUAUGAAGUGAUGGCAAGUGUAUAUUCCAGGUAUACAGUGACUGCAGGUGUGUGCAUGAACAUACAGUUUACUCGCUGGCUGCUGGUUUGCAGCAUGCUGAUGUCAGUAUAUUUAUUUUAAUCAAAGUCAGUCAUGUCACUCGUUGCACACUGUUCUUACAUGGUACUGUUUAGCACGCAUUGACCUCCUUAUAGUACAGACGUACCGUAGAUUUACUGUUAUACCCUUACCUUGAACCUACUAGUCUUUUGACUUUCAAAGUGUACUGUAUUUUGAAUUUAUUUAAUACGUGUAUUCAUUUCCGUCUGUAGACAUUGUUCAACACACAGAUCCCUGGCUUAUUGCUCAUUAUUUAAGUUACAGUUAUAUUCAUUCACAACCCUUCUCUGCACCAUUUCCAGCUGACACUACAACGACAAUUACAAUUUUCCCACGCGUUUUGAUUUCUGUAACCUGAAAUAUCUAUGGCGGGCCAGUGCUUUUCAUGAUCCAACGAAUGGAUUUAAGAUUAACCAGUCACUAGAUAUGGGUAAAACUAUGUUGAAAUAGAGAAAAAUAAACAAACUUUUUAAAUGUAUAUUAUACUGUAAAGAUGUUCUGUUGAGUCUUCACAGUGCAUCUGUGUAAUUGCCUAAAAUUACAAUAUGUAUUUGAGUAAAAUGAAAUAUUUAAAAAGAAAUCAUGUUUAUAUAGCAAUACCAUUAAAAAGUAAAAACUGCUUUUUCCCUUUUAUUCUGCUGUUCCUACCAUUAUAUCCAUAAUUAAUGCUUUAUAUUCUCAAAUCUGCAUUUUUCCAAGGUGAAUAAAACCUUGUAAACAAA